CAACUAAUGGCCCACUGAGAAUAUAUCUGCUGUAUGUGCUCCGUAAGGUUUUAUCAGAAUACAGUUAAUGUUGUUCUCUACGACAUUCAGCAUUUUUAUCAGACCAAUAACUCACAUUCUUUAAAAAAUAAAAACAGUCACGUGGGUACACUGCUUUAGAACUGAAACAAUGAGGCCUAGUCCACACGAACACAGGUAUUUUUAAAACCGAACUUUUUUGGCCUCCAGUUUUUAAAAAAUCUGCGUCCAUAUGAGCGGUGUAAUAAAAAUACCUCCGUCCACAUGACACCGCAAAUUCCACUAUCAAGCAAUGUAAUACACAUGCCAAAGCAGUAGGUGGCAAUAUAACUCCUAACUGUAAGGCCAUUGUAGCCAAUCAGAAGGCAGUAAAACGUCAUUAUCGGAAAAACAACAACAAGCGUACUAUUAUGCAGCAGGAGCAGUCUCCGUAAUAGCACACUCUUGCGCCUCUCUUGCUGGAUGUGGUUGAGUAGCGUUAGUUGUAUGUUACAGCCACAAAGUGCUGAUAUGCUGCUAAAUAGCAGCAGUAUUUUGUUUAGUUCCAUCCUCAAAUUGUCUCUCGCACACUCUGGAUCGGGUAAUAACACAGCUGUUUUCUGUUUACGUCGCACAUUGUGACGUCAUACAAUGGAGACGAGACAAAAUAACUGCGGUUAUCCUGUCCACACAUGACUACUGACACCGGACUUUUCCAAAAAGUUCACCCUGGACUCCGGUGACAAAUAACUCCGGUUGCAGGGGCCCAAAACUGCGGUUACGUGUGGAUGAAAGGCCAAACCGUGAGCAAAGAGUCACAGUUUUAUAAAUACCCACUUUGGUGUGGACAGCCCCUGAGUUAGUUUAUGCCCUCAUGACCAGUUUAUGCUGUUUUAUUGAAGUCUAGAUUUCUAAUGAAUUGUAUUUAUACUAUAUAAUAUAUAAUUUCUACAAUGUGAUUUUAAAAAACUGUUGAAUCCCUUUUAAAUUUGGAAGAUUGAUUUCCAUUAAAACCACAUUUUUUUUUCUCCCUUGAAAUAAAAGUUAAUGAAGUUGAUUCAAUUCUCAGUUCUGUUCCCCAUGACGUUACAGUGGUGCACGUUCAUGCACGCACAAGCAUGCCUAUACACAAGCCAGGGAAACAGAGCCUGUGAUUCCCAUGGCAUUUUUUCAUUGCUCUGAUUUGCGCAUGUACAUGCAUACACGGUUCUCAUAGCAUUUUUUCAUUUCCACUGAUUCAGAUGUCUUUCAAUAUAACGGAUCAAAGAGAAGUUCAAUCCCCUCCGCGUAAAAUCAGAUAUCAACAUGGACUCAUGCCCCGUCGAUCCAACAUCAACAUAAUCGGCUCUCCCACAACAAUUUCAGCACAGCGAAUUGCGAAGUGCAAAAAAAUCAAAAUAAUGCCGGGUAGAGCAUGAGCUUGUGUAUGCAGGUGCAGCCGCUCUAAACUUAGAAAUAUAGCCAGCUCCAGGAAUGUUAAUUUCUUAACUGUGAGAGCAAUCAUGUAGGCACAUCAGUUUUACUUUCGUAUUUCCCGAUCCCGUUCGGCAGCUCCUCCUUCGGCCUCUUCCAGGAACCAACCCGGCUCGGCAGCUCUAGGCCCUGAUGCCUCCGCCGCCGAACCCAAGCCCCUCGAACCGAGGCAGGCCCACUCCGUGACUCCAGCCAGUGGCUCCCGCAAUUCAAGCCCGGACUGUUUAGCCUCCUAUACUCCAGAUGAGGUUUCUGAUUCAGUCUGCUCAUCUGAUGAGGAGUGGGUACCACCGCCAAAAAAAGACAGCUCUGAGGACAAAUAUUCCAGCUUUCCCGGAGAUUAUAAGAUGGAGAAUGAGGAUGAUAACCUAAUGGAGACUGAGGGGAUAAAACGGGUCUCCAGCCCGGACUCUUUAGCCUCCUCUACCCCAGAUGAGGUUUCUGAUUCAGUCUGCUCAUCUGAUGUGGAGUGGGAACCAUCGGCAAAACAAGACAGCUCUGAGGACGAAUAUUCCAGCUUUCCUGAAGAUUAUAAAAUGGAGGAUGAGGAUGAUAACCUGAUGGAGAUUGAGAGGAUAGAAUGGGUCUCCAAGAACAAGAGCAUCAAGUGGUCACCCUCUGCUGAGCAAAUGUAUCGUUAUGUGCAGGCUCCCACAAAACCUGUCCCAGGGCUGACAAAGUAUGCCAAGAGAAACAUAACGGACCAGCUGACAUCCUGCUUGGAUUUAUUUCUGACGAAUGACAUGAUCCAGCUGAUCCUCAAAAUGACCAACCUGGAAGGCAAGCGGACUGAAAAUCAUUGGAAAGACAUCACUGAGACGGAGCUGAGGGGUUUCCUGGGCCUACUGCUGCUGGCGGGGGUGUAUCGUUCCCGGGGAGAAAGCACCCUCAGCUUGUGGGAGGAGCCGAUAGGCCGCCCGGUGUUUCGUGGUACAAUGUCCCGCAAAAAAUUUGAGUUAAUUGCCAUGAAACUCCGGUUUGAUGAUAAACUGGCCCGGCGAAAGCGGCUCAGUGACAACAAGCUGGCCGCCAUUUUGCCCAUAUGGGAGCCGUGGGUUCAGCGGCUCUCUCACAUGUUCAACCCAGGGGCGGACGUUUGUGUCGACGAGCAGCUGGUUGGCUUCAAGGGGCGCUGCAGCUUCAGACAGUACAUGCCCAGCAAACCAGCCAAGUAUGGUAUAAAAAUCUGGACCCUGGCCGACGUGUCAACAUCCUACGCCUGGAACAUGGCCAUCUACAGCGGCAAGGAGGAGGCAUCAAGAGAGGUCGGCCAGGGGAAAAGAGUGGUGCUGCAGAUGACACAGGGGCUGGAGGGACGCACUGUCACCAUUGAUAAUUUUUUCACCAGCUACGAGCUUGGCACGGAGCUCCUGAAAAGAAAAAUGGCCAUGGUCGGCACAGUGCGCAAAGGUAAACCUGAGCUCCCUCCCCAACUUGUCAAUGUGUUGGGCAGAGAAGUGCUCUCCAGCAUCUUUGCUCACACAGCGACCCACACUGUGGUGUCGUACGUACCCAAGAAAGGCAAAAACGUGGUGCUGAUGUCUACAAAGCACAGAGAAGCCUCCAUCAGCGAGGAGGUCCACAAGAAGCCAAUGAUUAUUCUCGAUUACAACAAGUCCAAGGGCGGCGUGGACAACUUGGACAAGUGUGUGGGCACUUACAGCUGCCGUCGGAAGAGCUCCAGAUGGCCCCUGACGCUGUUUUACAACAUGCUGGAUGUUUCUGCUUACUACUCGUACGUCCUGUGGACCUGCCUGCACCCAAACUGGGAAAUCAAAAAGAAAUACCGCCGCCGCAUCUUCCUGGAGCUGCUAGGGAAGGAGCUGGUGAUCCCUUGCAUCCUCCAGCGUGAGCGGAUUCCCCGCGGGCCGAGUGCCGCUGCUUUCGUUCAAGCAGCCCAGGCAGCCAUGGUGGAGGAGAAGGAAGCGCGCAGCGAGGAUGCCAAGGAGGCCAGAACCUCUGCAGAGGUGCCUCCUCUGUCUCCAGGAGCAAAGGCACGACGACCUUGUGAAUUGUGCCCAGAGAGCAUGAAGAAGAGCAGGGUGCGCAACGUCUGUGCCAAGUGUGGCAAGUUCCUGUGCAAGGACCACACAUGGAAAGGCUGUGGGACGUGCCUUGCAGGAGGACAGUGACUGAUAGAGGACAGUUUGUCCUAAGUGUACAUAGCUAGUUCUUUAGAAAAACAUUUAAAUAAAAAGAAUAAAAAAAACCUGGAGGAAUUGAGCAAAAAUUUAUAUUUUACCAGGGGGAGCAUAGCAUGACAUAUUGUGAUCAUGAGAGGAAAUGAAAGGGCUUUUUAAAAAUCUAACAUCGCACCAAAAAAACAAAAAAAACAAAUCAGUGUUGUGGGUUAUGAUUGACCCUCGCCAGACUGAGAUAAUAACAGUGAAAUAGUCUCAUUAUCUGUUAGUAUGUUGAAAAUGUUUCACUAGUUAUAUAUAUAUUUUUUCCCAACAAAUGCAAAUAGUGGUAUACGAUACAAACUGGCAUGUAAAGGUUUAACAUUUGGUUAAAAAAUGAUUUAAAUUAAUUAAACAGUUUAAUAACAAAACAUAAUAACGAAUAAAAACAAACCUGGAGGAACAGACAAAAAAAUUAAAGAAAAAUGAAUGUUUUUUUCUUAGCAGCGCUCAAAGGUUGAAUUAGCUCAUCAACAAAAAUUUAAAAUCAUUAAAUCAAUUAAGUUAUUUUUAAGCAAAAAUAUCAGUCUCUGGUUUCAGUAUUUAAAUGCGAGUUAGUAGUUGUUUUUUCUUAGCUUAAGUUAUUUUUCUCAACUUAGACCUUUUUGAAAUCAUUUGGUGGCUGUGGCUCAGAGGUAGAGCGGGUCAUCCACUCAUUGGAAGAUGAGUGUUCGAUCCCCUGCUUCUCCAGUCUGCAUGCCUAAGUAUCCUUGAGCAAGAUACUGAACCCCACAUUGCCCCCGUCGGCUGUCCAUCAGUUUGUGUGUUAAAGCUGUGCAGCAGGUGGCACCUUGUACGGUAGCCUCGGCCACCAGUGUGUGUGAAUGGGUGAAUGUGACUCGUAGUUCGUAAGACUAGAAAGUGCAGGUCCAUUACCAUUUACCAACCAGUUAAACAAAAUAAAAUAGUGGGCAGCUGUUGCGCUGAUCAUUGAUGCUGCUGUGUAUGUCGAAAAUGUAAUCCAAUUACCUGACAACCAAUGUGUUGCUUUGUAAUUACCCUCAAUAGAUGCAGUAAACUUUUGUUUCCCUGCAUAAUGGUGUAAUCGUUGGGCAACAGUUGGAUAACAUUUUGAUUCUUAUGAUUCUGAAAUACUCAGUUUCUUUAUUCAGUUUCUCUAUAACUUAAUCUCACCUACAUGAAAAAGUGAAAUGCAUCUUUGGACCAUCAAAUGUCAGAUUUCUUUGUUAAGAUCCAAGACCUUUGACACUUUUUAUCCGAUUUCUGGUAAGUGUUUUAUGUGUAUAUUGUAAGUUAUUUAACAAUCUGCCAUGCACAUUUAUCAAUACUUUUAUAAUUAGACACCUUUUGCUCUCAUCACUGGUUGUAAUGAGGGCGUGCAGCUGCAUAUCACUAACUACGCACGAGGUCAAUUAUAAAGGCAGUUUAAAUAAACUGAUGUUCUGACCUUUAUAAUUAAAUACCAGGAUUCAUUUAAUUCAAAUGUUUUAACUUGGUCGUCUG